CAAGCGAAGCAGGCGCCGCCCGGCCGCUUUUGCGCUCCCUCGGCGGCGGGCGGGAUAAAUGCUGAAAUCGGGGCGCAGCUCCGCAAGUCGCUGAAGCGAGCGGCGGGAGGAAGAAGAAGCUGCUGCUGUUGCCGCCGCCCUCGUUGCUGCGGAGGCGCGUCUCAGGAGAGCUGAGGUUGCUUCUGGACAGGAACCAUGAAUUGGCAUUUUCCCCUUCUCUUUGCUGCUUUGACGUCAGUGUGUAUGUGCUUCCAGCUGAACCCUCUGUCUCUUGAGGAACUGGGUUCAGACAUUGGGAUCCAAGUUUUUAACCAAGUGGUCAAAACCAGACCUAAAGAUAAUGUUGUGGUUUCUCCCCAUGGAAUUGCAUCGGUGCUAGGAAUGCUUCAACUAGGUGCUGAUGGCAAGACAAAGAAACAGCUGACAACAGUCAUGAGAUAUAGCGUCAAUGGAGUUGGUAAAGUACUAAGGAAGAUAAACAAGGCCAUAGUGUCGAAGAAGAAUAAAGAUGUUGUGACAAUUGCAAAUGCAGUCUUUGCAAAAAGUGGCUUGAAAAUGGAAGUGCCUUUUGUUUCACGGAACAAUGAUGUGUUUCAGUGCAGUGUCAAGAACGUGGACUUCAUGGAUCAGAAUAGUGCCUCUGACACUAUCAACCAGUGGGUAAAAAAUGAAACGAAGGGUAUGAUCAACAGUGUCUUAACACCUGAUGGUAUCGAUAGUGCUUUAACCAGGCUGGUGUUGGUGAAUGCAGUAUACUUUAAGGGAUUGUGGAAAUCACGUUUUCAGCCAGAAAAUACAAAAAAGCGUACAUUUACUGGAGCUGAUGGAAAGGCUUAUCAAGUACCUAUGUUGGCUCAGUUGUCCGUGUUCCGAUGUGGCACAACAAGUACACCUAAUGACUUAUGGUACAAUAUCAUUGAAUUGCCCUACCAUGGUGAAAGUAUCAGCAUGUUGAUUGCCCUGCCUACAGAAAGUACAACACCUUUGUCUGCUAUUAUUCCCCAUAUUAGCACAAAAACUAUACAGAGCUGGAUGACAACUAUGGUACAAAAGAGAGUGCAGGUUAUUUUACCCAAGUUUACAGCAGAAGCAGAAACAGAUUUAAAGGAGCCUCUCAGAGAGCUUGGCAUUCGAGAUAUGUUUGAUCAGUCAAAAGCAAACUUUGCAAAAAUAACGAGAACAGAAAGUCUUCAUGUAUCUCAGAUCUUACAAAAAGCAAAAAUUGAAGUUAGUGAAGAUGGAACCAAAGCUUCUGCAGCCACAACUGCUAUUUUAAUAGCCAGGUCAUCACCACCUUGGUUUGUAGCAGACAGACCAUUUGUGUUCUUCAUACGACACAAUCCUACAGGUGCAGUUUUGUUUAUGGGACAAAUCAACAAACCUUGAAUAUGGGAAGAAAUUUUUCUUCAGAAGCAAAUUAAAGAUUGAUGCUCUUGUUCUGUUUAAAUAUUUUUGUACACUAUUCUUUGGCUAAGAACUAGUUUUUGAGUGUGAUUGGUUAACUAAGUUUUGAAGAAAAAUUCUGAAGUAGCUGACUUUUGCGUGUACGGGUUGUGGGUGGGGUGGGAACAAUUUUUUGAAACAGUUGAAAUAUUCUUAAAACUACUGAUUGGUUCCCUGUGCUAACAACUUUUGAAAUUCUGUUUUGGUCUAUGUAUUUUGUAUUGUGAUUUGAAAAGUCUUUAACCAGAGUCGGAACUAAAGGGAAAUUUCUUUUUUUAAAAAACCUUUGGUUUGUACCACGCCCUUCUAAUACUACUGUUGUCAUCCAUGGAAUGGUUUUGUGGGGCAUCUUCGUUAGAAAAUAAAUUUAAAAGCUUUAGCAAUUUUUAUUUUAUAUUGUGCAUGUAUUGCUGAGACUUAAAACAACUAAUGUCCCAGCUAACGCCUUUGCAUUGGUGUAAUGUAAACUUGUCAUUGCUAGUAUAUACUUUCUAUGGAUUUAAAUUUUAUAUUUUUUUGUACAAAGGAAAAAAUAAAAGCAUUAUGAACAGUUGGAAAUGG